UUCCGUACAUCUUCGUCACUGGCCUCCAUUUCCUUAUAUCAGCAAUAUCAUAUGAUUUUCCCCAACCAACAACAAAAUGGUUUUCAUUAACGCUUGCAACAGAAACUUUCUGUUUCUCUCUUUGCUUUUUUCGGUCUGCCUUAUUAAUGUUGGAGCCAUUGACCCGACUUACCUCUACAAGUUCUGCACAAACACGACCCUUAAUUACACCGCAAACAGCAUCUACCGAUCCAAUCUCAACAGCCUUCUCUCUUCCCUCUCUUCCAACGCAACCCGCGAAUUCUACAACGCCUCCGCUGGCAACGUCGUCUACGGCCUCUUCCUCUGCCGCGGUGAUGUCAACGCUACCGCCUGCCGAGACUGCGUUAAGUUCGCUGUCAAAGACGUCGUCGAACGGUGUCCUACGGAGGAAUUGGCAAUGUUAUGGUACGAUGAGUGCCUGCUGCGCUACUACAACACCUCUUUCUUCGGCCAAGUGGCUACAAGGCCCGGCGUAUAUCUUUUGAACACGGCGAACGUCACUGAUAAAGACCGGUUUACCCGGCUGCUGAACAACACCAUGAAGGAGGCGGCUGUGGAGGCUGCGAGAGGCGGGCUCGGGGAAAAGAAGUUUGCAACGAGAGAUGCAAACAUCAAUGGGUUCCAGACUCUGUACAACCUGGUGCAGUGCACGCCGGACCUGUCGGGUGAGGACUGUGGUACAUGUCUAACGGAAGCCAUAGGAAGACUUCCCGUGUGCUGCGAUGGGAAGUUAGGGGGAAGAGUUCUGUUUCCCAGUUGUAAUAUUAGGUACGAAGUCUACCCUUUUUACAGCCAAAAUACAUCGUCGCUGCCCCCAGCGGCGUCCCCUCCAGCUACGCUGCCACCACCCAGUUCCAUUACGCGUUCCGGAAAAAGUAAAAUAUCGACCGGAAUAAUUGUGGCCAUUGUUGUCCCAAUUGCUGUUUGUAUUGUAGUUCUGUUAAUAUUUGGAUUCUGUUUCCUACGGAAGCGAGGGGAAAAAAAGUACAACGCUGUAGACAACAAAAAUGAUGGUGAAAUUACAACAAUUGAGUCCUUGCAAUUUGAUUUGGCCACAAUCGAAUUAGCCACAAACAAGUUCUCAGCUGAAAACAAAUUGGGUGAGGGAGGAUUCGGUGAGGUUUUCAAGGGCAUACUUCAUGACGAAAAACAAAUAGCUGUGAAGAGGCUAUCAAAAAGUUCAGUGCAAGGAGCAGAAGAAUUUAAGAAUGAAGUUGUACUGCUAGCUAAGCUUCAACACAGGAACCUUGUGAGAUUAUUGGGAUUUUGUUUGGAAGGAGAAGAAAAGUUGCUCGUCUAUGAAUUUGUUCCCAACAAAAGCCUUGACUAUUUUCUAUAUGACCCUGAAAAACAAGGAGAAUUGGAUUGGUCAAGACGGCACAAGAUAAUUGGAGGGAUUGCUCGAGGAAUUCUAUAUCUUCACGAGGACUCUCAACUUAGAAUUAUACAUCGUGAUCUUAAAGCUAGUAACAUAUUAUUAGAUGCUGAUGUGAACCCAAAGAUUUCUGACUUCGGUAUGGCGAGGAUUUUUGAAGUUGAUCAAACUCAAGGAAAUACAAGUAGAAUCGUUGGGACAUACGGUUAUAUGUCUCCGGAGUAUGCAAUGCAUGGGCAGUUCUCUAUCAAAUCAGAUGCGUAUAGUUUUGGAGUUUUAAUCCUAGAAAUUAUCAGUGGCAAAAAGAACAGUAGUUUUUACCAAUCAGACUACGCGGAGGACCUGUUGAGCUAUGCUUGGAAGCUUUGGAAGGAAGGAACUCCCUUGAAGUUGUUGGAUCCAACAUUGAUGGAUUCUUAUUCAGAAAAUGAAGUUGUUAAAUGCAUCCAUAUUGGUUUACUAUGUGUUCAAGAAGAUCCCGAAGAUAGACCAACCAUGAAAACAAUAGUACUCAUGUUUAAUAGUUACUCAGUCACACUACCGGUACCUGAAAAGCCAGCAUUUUACAAUAGAACGGAGUCGGACAUGCCAGCAAUGGAAAUGAAGUACGAUCAAUCUCCGAGUACUGCAGGAUAUCCAUUAUCUGUCAAUGAAGCAUCAAUAACCGAGUUAUACCCUCGUUAAUUAGUAAUUAGACUAAAUUUGGUUUCUGUAUUAAGUUAUGUACGUCUAGGAGCAUAAGUUAAUGCUUUCCAAGUAACUUCGGAUAGGACUUCCGGAAGCUUAAAAAUAAUGGAAACUUUACUUAUUUGUUGCUA